AUGCUCAACGACGUGAACCUGGAGGACCGUGUGCGGAGCGACGCCGGCUGCCUGGACGGGCUCAUCGGCGCUGCCUCCCCCCUGCGGGCCGUGUGUGAGGGCUGCACGCGGAUCAUCUCGGACCGCUUCCUGCUGCGGGUCAACGACGCGUCCUGGCACGAGCGCUGCCUGCAGUGCGCGGCGUGCCAGCAGCCGCUCAGCGCCAGCUGCUACUGCAAGGACACCAAACUGUACUGCAGGAGCGAUUACCAACAGUUGUUUGCCACUAAGUGCAGCGGCUGCCUGGAGAAAAUAGCACCCACAGACUUUGUCAUGCGAGCUCUAGAGAGCGUUUACCACGUCAGCUGCUUUUGCUGCUGCGUCUGUGAGCGCCAGCUGUGCAAAGGGGAUGAAUUUGUUUUAAAAGAAGGUCAACUGCUGUGCAAAAGUGACUUUGAGAAGGAGAGGGACCUGCUCAGUCCAGACAACUCAGAAUCAGAUAAGAGCGAGGAUGAGGAAUUGGACGUAAAGUCAGAGAAAUUCCCUGCAGCAGGAAAAGGCUGCGAAGACAGCAAAGACUCUCGCAGGCCAAAACGGCCUCGUACCAUCCUCACCACCCAGCAGAGGAGAGCCUUUAAAGCCUCAUUUGAGGUCUCCUCCAAACCCUGCAGAAAGGUGAGAGAGACUCUGGCUGCAGAGACUGGACUCAGUGUUCGUGUGGUCCAGGUGUGGUUCCAGAACCAGAGAGCAAAGAUGAAGAAGUUAGCCCGCAGACAACAGCAACAGCAGGAGCAACACAACAGCCAAAGGCUAGGCCAAGAAGUGUUAUCAGGAUGUAUGGAGGACCUGCUCAGCUCCUACUCAGGGCCUCUACGUCCAAGCCAGCAGCAGCAGCAGCAGCAGCUGGUGACCAUGGAGCACAGUGGCUACAACACUGACCCCUUCCAACAGGGCCUCACUCCACCACAGAUGCCUGGUGACCACAUGAACCCCUACGGUUCUGACUCCAUCUUCCAUGACAUUGACAGUGACACCUCUCUGACAAGUCUAAGUGACUGCUUUAUGGCCGCCACAGAUGUAGGGUCCUUGCAGGCACGGGUGGGGAACCCUAUCGACCGCCUUUACUCCAUGCAAAGCUCCUACUUUGCCUCCUGA